CCGAGGGUAGGUGGGGUAUCUUCCAGAAACGUUUCGCCGUCGCCGCACCUGCAGUGCGCCGGCUCCGCAGUGACGUAAGUGACAGAAGGAUUUAGAGUGAAGGACAAUGGUGAAGCUGAUGGGGGUGUCGUGGAUGCCGAUCGCCUUCGGGUUGACGCUGUCAGGUGGUUCGUUGUUGACGAUGAUGUGGGCAGUGUUGCGUGGUGACGUCACACCGUACUUGCCGUUUGUCAGUCAAGCUGGCACGGAUCCUCCUCAAAGCGGGUUCUUUUCACUUUGCAUUUACAUCACCUCUGUUCUAGGUCUUUUAUGUGUGUUGGUGCGCUUCCUCACCAUACGCUCCUUCAACGGACACUUCAGCAGAAAACUGGACGCGCUGAACACAGUGGCAGCAAUCAUUGCUGUUCUAGCUUUCUUCGGAAUGGCAGCAUUAGCAUCGUUUCCCACGUCUUUGGUGCCGCCUGUCCAUGCAGCUGCUGCCAACCUGAUGUUCUUCGGCAUAGUUUGCUAUGAGGCACUGCAAACCGUCAUGUCAUUUUCGAUGUGUCCAAAUUUUAAUGGACGCCUCAUAGCUACAAUCCGGCUGGGCAUUACUGUCUACAGUAUCUGUGGCGUCAUCAUCAUGACCUUCCUUUAUGGUAUAGGCAAACAUAUAUGGUAUAGGCAAGAACGUGGACAUCACUUUAGACAGUGGAUUCCUGCCGAUGAGGGCUUUGCUCUUCUUGUUUCGGCGUCGGCGCUCGAAUGGUCCCUGGGUCUCAGCCUGGCGCUCUUCUUCUUUACCUACAUUCGUGAGUUCAAAAAGGUGGCCCUGGAGAUCAACACGGACAUAUUGGUGGAACACAUGGAAGACGAACCCAUCUUUCGAAAGCCGCCCUAUAUGGGCGAAACCACGUACAUCGGAGCACGUGACACGUGAUUUCAUUGUGUCUUAGUGUAUAGGGAUGCAGCAUAUCAUCGCCACUUUACUAUACUGUAUGUCUGUAAUGUAUGAGUUUUUGCCCCUGCACUCCUACAUAUAUGUGUGAGGGCAGCGUGUGUGUGUGUGUGUGAUGCCAUUUGUGUCCUCUUCUAACUCGAAUUCGCACAAUGCAGAUGACGCGGCUUUACGACUUUGCUGUUUAGUAGUGAAGCAAUAGUUUAUUCCCAACAAAGCACGCAUCACUAAAUGAUUUUGUUACGAACGAGACGACACAACACCGUGUGUAACGUGUACACCCUAGUCUGUUUUAUGUAAGUGUAGCACUAAUUUAAUUAAUUUUAUUUCUGGUGGAGUCAACCAACUCCAGUCACCGCAUCUUUCAGUAUGUAUAUGGCGCAUAAAAAUAUUUGUACCUGUAUCAGCUGUGUCAUUUUUCGAUAUAAGGAUGCGGGAGGCACUUGUUGAUUUAUUCUGUACCCCCAACUGCAGAAUCCAUAAUUCAAAUAAAAACAUCGUAAGUUGUUAAUAAAAACGUUGCCGCGGUUUU